GGUGUGACGACUCGCGGUGCCUCUCGCUGUGCGCGCGCCACUUGUGUCACUGCAAGGGCUUCUUGCGGCCACGGUAGUUGACCGCGUUUACGCAGUUGGUGAGCGAAGACCCAAAACGUGAAGCAGCAGCCCUGCCGAUGUUGUUCACGGUUCAUCGUUAACACCGAGGCCGGCUCCCGCAGGAAGACACGCCAUGGAGAGGACGAGCUUACACGACGAGUACACCCUCUCCUCCUCCCCUCGGCUCACGCUCGCGCUAUUGGCGCUCGGCCUGCUGCUCGCGGUCGCCUUAGUCCGACGCCGGCGCUCCGCGCGUCGGCGCCACGGCGGGGCGAGGCCCCUCCCGGGCCCCGUCCGCUGGCCCAUCGUCGGCAACAUCCUCCAGCUGUGGCCCGACCCCCACCUCAAACUCACCAGGAUGUGCGAUCGCUACGGCGACGUGUUCCGCGUUCACCUCGGCUCCGUGCCCGUGGUGGUCCUCAGCGGCCUGGAGACGAUCAAGCGGGCGCUGGUGAAGAACGGCGACGCGUUCGCGGGGCGGCCGCCGUUCUACUCGCUGAGCUUGGUGGGAAACGGAGACACGCUCACGUUCACCCGCGCGUACGACGGCUGCUGGAAGGCGCACAAGAGGCUGGCUCGGAGCGCCCUGCGGAACUUCUGCGCCGCGCCGGCCCACCGCGAGGGCUACGCGUGCCUGCUGGAGGAGUGCGUGUGCGAGGAGGCCGAGCGGCUGCUGCUCGCCUGCAAGGGCGGUGGAGCGCAGCCCGGCGGCUUCGACCCCGUGCCCUCCAUCACGUGCGCCGUGGCCAACGUGAUGUGCGCGCUCGUGUUCGGGAAGCGCUACCCGCACGGGGACCCCACGUUCCUGCAGAUCGUGGGGUUCAACGAAGAGGCGUCGCAGCUGUCGGGCGCCGGGAACCUGGUGGAUUUCUUUCCGUUCUUGCGUCACGUGCCGAACGCUCAGCUAAGGGCGCUCAAAGUCCUCUCGGCCAGGCUCUUGGCUUUCAUGGAAGGCCACAUCAAGGAACACUACAGCUCCUACCAAAAGGGCCACGUGCGUGACAUCACGGACGCGCUCAUCGCCAUGUGCGCCGAGCAGGAGCACGCGCUGCGCGAGGUGGGCCUCAGCGACGAGCGCGUCGUCGCCACGGCGCUCGACAUUUUCGGUGCCGGCUUCGACACGAUCAUCACCGGCUUGACGUGGUGCCUUCUCUACCUCUGCAUCCAUCCCGACGUCCAGCACAAGCUGCAGCGAGAGAUCGAUGAAACGAUCGGCAGGGACCGCACUCCGAGGUUCGAGGAUCGCGCGAACCUGCGACGCGUGGAGGCCUUCCUCACCGAGAUGUUCCGCCACUCCGCGUUCGUCCCGUUCACCAUCCCGCACAGCACGACGCAGGACGUGGUACUCAAUGGCAUGUUCAUCCCUCGGGACACGUGCGUGUUCGUCAACCUUCACCAGGUCAACCACGACCCGACCGUAUGGAGCGACCCCGAGCGGUUCGAUCCGGACCGCUUCUUGUCGCACGACGGAAAGGAGGUGAACAAGGAGAUGGUGGAGAAGGUUCAGAUCUUCGGCCUGGGCAAGCGCCGCUGCCUGGGCGACGUGGUGGCGCGCCAGGAGCUCUUCGUGGUCCUCGUCACGCUGCUCCAGGGGCUGUCGUUCCGAGUGCCGCCCGGCACGCCAACGCCGAGCGUCGCCCCGCAGCACGCCCUGGUGAUGAAGCCGCCGCGCUUCCACGUGUGCGCGUCCCCGCGGGCGUGAGCCGACGCUCGCCUGCGCUUGCCGGGCGGGCUCUGGGGAGAGGCUGUGGGAUUGCGAGAGCCAGCUUUUUUUUUUUUGCCGGGCGAUUGAACAGUUCGGGUGUGUGUGUGUGUGUGCGGCCACAGCGACAAAUGCACAAUGGGGCAACGAAGUGAAAGACUGCAGGGAGUCUUGAUUACAGGUGCGUGUGUGUGUGUGUGUGUGCACGUGCGUGUUUUUUGUAGAGACGCACAGUCGCCCCGGCCAUUGUCUUAGGGCACAACAUCACGCUCGGAACUCGCGCUAAUUCCCCCCUCGUGCCAGAGUCUUGGGAUCUUGCUGAGCUGCGCUUGCUUGCACCGUCAUGCUCCAGUGCAGAACAAUUUAGACGAUGUUGUUUUGGGCAGCUCUUUUGGCAACAACAGAAGGAUGUUUUCGAGUUCCCUCUUCGCAAUGCGCAAUACGAUUUUUGUGUCACUGUGGAGAGACCACGGAGGGCACCACAGAGGGCACCACCUGCAGUUUGCGCAGGGCACAAGUGAGAUGUGAACAAGCUCAAUGUUGUUCUUUUUUACCAACCUCAGAAUCAGAAUAUUUAUUGAUAUUGGAGAAAUCCAAUGAGCUAAAAUGCUCGAAUCGGAUGAGCUAUGAAGCUCUUUUUCACAGAUGUCAGAACAUUACAACAAACAAUACAAAAACACGAGAUAGGAGUGCAACCCGAAAGGAAAGGUAAACAUAUCACAGGGCCAAAAAAAUACAAAUUGAAAUAAACAAUGUUUUACCUUACCAGGUAAAGCCCACUGAGGUAUUAAAUUAUUUUUCAGAAGCGACCUGGCCACAAAUGGAUAGCUCAACAAAGUGGCUUAUCAUGUGGAAAUUAGAGCAGCAAAAUUAUCUAAAUAGUUUAAAUGCAUGUUUCUCAGCCACGUCGAAGGCUUGCUUAUCAACCCGUCAUCUCCACAAUAGAAUGCCACUGCUCCUGUGCCACAGUGAUGGACUAUAAUGCCCUUCCCAUUGACAUCCAGUGUUAGCUCCAUUUAAAUUACAUUUUGGCAUAUGAAUCAUUCGGCGGGACCCCGGGGUCCCGCAAAAAUCAGGUCAAUAAUUAUUAUUAUUUUUCAGUCCGCCCACUCGUGAUCCCGACAGCAACGCGCCGCCCG